CCGUGCAGGGCGCCGGGCGCUGGUGGUGCUGGCGCACCCGGAGCGGAGCUCGUUCAGCCACGCCAUGCAGGAGGCGGCGGUGGAGGCGCUGCAGCAGCGCGGCUGGACCGUGGCCGUCUCCGACCUGUACGCCCUGCGCUUCAACCCGGUGCUCUCCCGCCGCGACGUCGCCGCGGGCCGCCCGCCGGACCAGGAGCGCUUCGACUACGCCGCCGAGGCCGGCCGGGCGUGGCAGGAGGGCCGCCUGAGCGCAGACAUCGUGGCCGAGCAGAAGAAGCUGCAGGACGCCGACCUCGUCAUCUUCCAGUUCCCGCUCCAGUGGUUUGGCGUGCCCGCCAUCCUGAAAGGCUGGUUCGACCGGGUCCUGACCCAGGGCUUUGCCUACUCCUACGCCGCCAUGUAUGAACAGGGGCCCUUCCAGAAAAAGAAGGCUGUGCUGUCCUUUACCACUGGUGGGAUGGGCUCCAUGUACACCCCCCGAGGCAUCAACGGAGACAUCAACAUCCUCCUCUGGCCCUUGCAGAGCGGUACCCUGCACUUCUGUGGCUUCCAAAUCUUGGAGCCCCAGAUAGCCUUCAGCAUUGCACACACCCCGCCAGAGGCUCGCUCCCAAAUCCUGGAGGGAUGGAAGAAGAGACUGGGGACCAUCUGGGACGAAAAGCCCCUCACCUUUGCUCCAAGCAGCAGCUUUGACCUGAGCUUUCCUGGAGGCUUCGUCCUGAAGAAGGAGGUGGAACAACAACUGCAAGGCCAGAAGUAUGGGCUGACGACUGGGCAGCAUCUGGAGAAGCCGCUCCCCCCUGACAACCAGGUCAAAGCCCAGAAGAAAUAACCAGUCCGGGGAAGCCUUCAGUGACUGGCCGCCUUUUCUGGGCAGCUCAGCAGCAUGUCUAGCAGGGUAGAAGCAGAACCCAGCCGCAGGUGGAGGGAAAAGAUACCAAGAGGAAUCUCUCCCAAGGGCCUCCUUGCUGGUGGCAUUUAAAACUCUCCCAUCUCUGCUCUGGGUCUUAAGAUGUAGUUGCUUCUGUGCUGUGAGACCACCAGGCUCUCUCUGAACACACCAGUCAUCAUGUCACGGUAGCCUUUCAUGUGCACUUCUCCGCACUUUGAACACAGUGGGUGGGGCUGCUCUUGGAGCAGUCGGUCUGUCAAUGUACAAACCUGAGUCUUGAAAUAAAUUUUUUUUUAAACCA